AAUUAGUACUCACCAUGUUUCUGAGAAAAUAAUAAACCUUAGUUUUUGGAAGAGGCUUUCAUAGUGAAACUGUGAGACUAAAAUGGAAACCAUAUUGGUUCAGAUUUAUAAAAAAGAAAUGAAGUUGCCAUUUUUGGGUCAGUUUCUAUUCACUCUUAUUCCAUUCCUACUGAUUUUAUACAUUCUGAUCAGCAAGUUUUCUCCCAAAUCAAUCAAUAGCCACCUUCCUCCAUCUCCCAAAAAACUCCCUGUUCUUGGCCACAUGCAUUUGCUCGGAAAAUACCCUCACCGAUCACUUCGAAGCUUAGCUCAGAAACAUGGACCCAUGAUGAUGCUUCAACUUGGAUCUGUUCAAACUCUAGUAGUUUCAUCGCCAGAAACAGCUCAGGAAAUCAUGAAAACCCACGACUUGAGUUUUGCGAAUCGACCCGAGUCCGAAAUCGCCCGUAAACUCCUCUACAACCUCAAGAGUCUCUCAGUUGCGCCGUAUGGAGAGUAUUGGAGGCAGCUGAAGAGCACCUGUGUGUUGCAACUUCUGAGUAAUAAAAGGGUUCAAUCCAAUUACCACAUCCGAAGUGAAGAAACAGAGCUUUUGAUUGAUAAAAUCCGCGCAUCAGACGGACUGGUCAAUCUCAGUGAUAUGUUCAUGGUUUUGACUAAUGAUGUUAUCUGCAGAUCAUCAUUUGGGAGGAAGUACAGUGAAGGAGAAAGUGGGAAAAAAUUCAAGGAAAUUAUGAGUGAGUUUAUUUGCGUUUUGGGUGGAUUUGAUUUUGGUACUUUUCUUCCAUGGCUGGGUUGGAUUGAUCAUGUCAACGGUUUGAAUGGUAAGGUGAAGAGAAUUGGGCAGAAAUUAGAUGAGUUCUUUGAAGGAGUUCUUGAAGAGCACUGGAAUGCUGAUAAGAAAUUUGAUGAUGGAAAAACAGGGCAGGAUUUCGCCGAUGUUCUGCUCGAAAUCUACAGGAACAAUAAUAAUGUUUCAGCUGGGAAUUCCAUUGACAGGGACAGUGUUAAGGCUUUACUCCUGGAUAUCAUUUCUGGUGGAACUGAUACAACUUAUACAGUCCUAGAAUGGGCAAUGACUGAACUGUUAAGGCAUCCAACAGCCAUGAAAAAUCUACAAAUGGAGGUUAGGACAAUACUAACAAAUGGAAAGUCUGAAAUCAGUGAGAAGGACUUGGAAAAGAUGAACUAUUUGAAGGCGGUGAUCAAAGAAACUCUAAGAUUACACCCUCCCACGCCUCUGUUGGUUCCCCGCGAGGCGAUCAACCAUACUAAAGUAAUGGGAUUCGACAUUCCGGCCAAGACGAUGGUCAUAAUCAAUGCUUUUGCCAUCGGAAGAGACCCCAUAUCGUGGGAUGAUGACCCGGAAGAGUUUAGACCGGAGAGAUUCUUGAAGCAUAAUUCUGGGGUAGAUUUCAGAGGCCAUGAUUUUCAGCUGAUCCCGUUUGGAGCUGGCCGGAGAGGUUGCCCUGGGAUUUCUUUUGCUAUGGCUACCAUUGAAACUGUUCUAGCAAAUCUCAUGGUUUGGUUUGAUUGGAGUUUGCCUAAUGGAGAAGAUGAGGGAUUGGAUCUGGACAUGACUGAAUGCCCUGGUGUGACUAUUCAUAAAAAGAUUCCCCUGUAUGCUGUUGCGACACCUACUAAUUAAGGUGAAGGUGAUGGUAAUUUAUAUCAGUUUCGUUUAGGAAUUAUAGUGCUGUUUCAGUGUCUAAUAAAUCAUAAUGAUAGUUCCAAACAUAAAAGUCGAACACAAUUUGAGUAAUACAGUUAUGAUCAUUUAGGUUAAAGAAAUAGAAAUAUUAUUGCGGGACAGAAAAUGUAAGCUUUUUUAGUAAAGCUACUCCUCUUUGCAGGUCCUUAGUCAUAUGACAUCCCUUUCAAUUCUGUAGUCAAAUGACAAUUCAAAAUAGCAAUAGAUCAGGUCUAAAUGAAAGCAUAGUCAUGAUGAAUCUUCCAAGAGGAGGAGGCUGGUAUGUCGAUGUUGAACAUCACCGUGAUCAUCCUAGAAUCUGUACAUGUUCUUGAUAUGGUUGUGAAGAAAGAUAUAUAAGGGAAAGGACGUUGACUUGGUUUGAUGUUGAUUCUCUUUUCCUUUCAAAUUGACGAAGCCUGAAAUUAUGACUCCGGUUGAUCAGUGGAACUCCGCUUAGGGUUUCCUGCAAAAGAGGGCCUCGGGAGUCUUACGAGAGUAGACACUCCGAUUCUUAAGUCAGAAAUAGGGUUAUAGAGAAGUGUGUAUAUGAUUAUUGGUGCUAGAGAUAGCGUAUCUCAAUUAUAGAGUAAUCAUCCCUAUUUAUAGAUUUUGAAGAUGUUCGAAUCUCACUAGGUUUAGCACCCUUGCAUUGCCUCCACAGAGUCGGUUGGACUCUGGACUCGGUGAAUGGGGCGGUCCAAUAUAGGUGGUGGAUAUGGACUCGUCAAGUGCCCCUGUCAAAUAUUAGUUAUAUGAAAUAAACAAAAACUUGACAGAAAAUAAAACUGACCUGGACUCGGCCCAAGUUGACUGGACAAGUCUCAGCCCAUACUGCAUCAAGCAGGCCUGAUGGUAUAGUUCGCGGGCCAGGAUUCGAUUCGAGAAGGUGACCCGCUUCAUAAUCCCGCCCAAACUAUUCAACCGCGCUCAGAAAGUGAGCACAUUCCCCAAACGGCGGCUCUAUCAUCAUUACGGCCCCUUGAACUCCGCCCAAAACUAUCGAGCCAUGGGGAGUUGAACUCCUUAUUUAUAAUGGAGGGCUUGGGGUCAUCUUUGUUUUUUCACCACUUUCAAAACUCUGAAUCAAAAAACAUAGAAGCAACUCUUCUGCCCCUGCGCUUCACUCGCCGCUGUUUAGAAAGAACAUCCCGUUCCGUCGCCGGAGGUUUCUGCAUCUGCCACGGCCGAAAAGAUCCACCAUUUUAGGCGGAUAUAAUCUAAAAGGUCAACCUUGAAACCUGAUAGAAGUGAGUUCUUCCACCUUCUUGCUAUUAGUGUCUGCCUUUCUUUUUGCUUGAAUCUCGCUGGCUUUGCAUACAUUUUGGUAGAUAUGGCUGCAAAAAAUGUUUCCGAUUUUGUAUCCACCAUUGAUUCUACCCUGAAAGUUAAGGUAGUAGCUGAAAAAUAUAACUUCCUAGUAGAUCGAGAAUAUCGAGCCCCUGUAGAGGGCUAACUCUCCACCAGAGUGAAAAAUUAUUGUUUAAGAUCGAUUUAUGUUUCUAGGGCUUAGAUUCCCCUUUUUUCCCUGUUUGGAGCAAUAGUCCAGUGCUAUAAGAUUCAACUUGCUCGAUUCACCCCAAAUUUAAUAUCAUCUAUUCUCGGAUUUGCGAGACUCUGUGAACUGGUGAAAGUAAAGCCUCGAUUACUUGUAUGGAGGUAUUUCUUCAAGGUCUGUGUUCCCUCGACCAAAUUCAGGGACUGGUACAACUUGAAGAAAAACCCGAAAUCGAAGGCGAUACAAAUAAUAGAACUCUUCGACGGUGCCCCAUUUUGGAAACCGAACUAUUUGUUUGUAAAGGCACCGGAGAACUUCUGCAUGGCCUGGGAUUAUCGUGAAUCCCAUGGACUAGGUGUGAUAGUCGACGACUAGACUAAGUCUGACAAGGCUAAGAUCGAGAGAUAUAGGGCCGAUAUCAAUGCUAUGGAGGCUUUUAAGGAUUAUAUCAACUGGACAGAUGUUUAACACUACAUUCCUCCAAUUCCUGUCGAGGAUAAAAAAGGUACUAAUUUCUCUAUUUAUUUCUGUUGUAUUAGGUUAUGUCAUCGAGCAAAAACACCAACCGGUUGUUUGGUGACUCCAAGAUUUUUGAUGUUAAAAAAUCAGAUGAUGAGGGAUCCUGAACAAAGGUUGGCAAGAAGAGGAAGGUGAAAAAGCUGGCCAUAGCGUCGGACGCGGGAGUAAAGACGAAGAAAAGCAAGCAGGUCCCUCCUGCCGGGAAGGAAGGCUUGAUCGAGAAGGAAGUUGUCCCACAGGAGAUAAUCCCUCCGGCUGUCGAGACAGCCAAGGAGAAUCCUGAGAAUCCAACCUCUGAGGCCCACCUGGUUACAGAGUUGGACCCGGAUUGGAUUUCGGGGCCAAAGCCUCCUUUGGAGAAGAAGAAGAACACAGUCGAGGACACUGAUGUCUCCCCUGGGUCCUCGACUUACACUGCAGCGGCUGCCAUAUACCACUUUGGGGAUGUGAGAAUCGAGUGCCCCAUACUUGAAGAAACUGCUGCGACAAUGACUGAGGAGGAUACUCUGAAGAUGGUAAGUAUCGUUUGCAUCCUGAUUUGUUAUAGCCCGUGAUGUUGACAUAAGUUAUGAGGGUAUCCUACUUGUGACUAUAACAGAUGAGCACCUCGAUGGUAAGCUUCCUUAUGCGCCAGAGGAAGUUGAAAGAGGAGAUUGCUAGGCUGGAGCUCGAGAGAGGACUUUUCGAGCAAGAAAAGAUGAUCCGGGAGGAGUCAUGGAAGAGGGAGCAGCUGGAGCGUGUUGCCAAGGAAAAGGAGGUGGCCACCGUUCAGGCAAAGUACAAUGAGCUUGAAGCCAAGAUGAGGGAGUACACGAAAUCUCCUAUCUCGAGGGUAGACUUGCAAAAAUGGCUCAUCGCUUUUUUGGUCGAGGAUGCUGCCUACUGGUGGGAUGGCCAACGUAAUGCUUGGUAUUAGCGAGGUGGCCAAGCAGUUAGGCGGCCAUGGUGUAGUCGUUCUUGCUCUCGAGUGGAUGGAGUCAGGUAGGACCAUUAAUGCUGGCUGUUUGCAGUAGUUCAUAAGAAAAGACCCUCGUCGCGCCUUGCAUGAGGAAAUGAAGAAUGGGUUGAUGCAUCUCUCGACGGAGCAAUUCCCCCUCUUUAAUGCUCUGUGCAAUGCUGUCUUGCAGAUGGGUUCUCCUGAUGAGAUCGCUUCUUUUCUUGGUGAUACCCCUACAGUCUUACUAGGCAAACCUGGUGAAGAAAUGUGAGUGCCUGACCUUCCCCGUAAAUUCAUUGAGGUCGAGUUGGUUUCCGGUGAUGAUUCCGCGGAGGAAGCUGAUGAGGGUUGCGACAAGGAGAAGGAGCCAGAGGUCGAGAAGGAAACUGGAUAGACUCAAAUGCCGGACGAGGAGACCAAUGAGAGUCAGCCAAUCAACCUUCCGAGCCAAGGCGCUGUAUGAUAUUCUCUAUUGUAAUAGGAUUUCUAUUGGGGUUGUAGAUCCCUCCCUUUGUAGCGCUACUUGUUAGAGUAACUUUGAACAAGUUUUUCACAGUAUUUUGUUUGCCUAAUUCAAC